UGCGACAUAUUGGUUGUUGACAGGCGAGAUGGUGUCGGCGUCGUCGAGUGGGCACCGCAAGAAGAAGAAGGUCAAGAAGAGCAGCAAGCGCAAGCCCGUGAACUUGCAAGCCAACUUCAACCGUAAGUGUUCGCUGGCAACGGCUCGCAACGUGGCUCACAAUGCAGCCUACGAGGCGCUGAGCGACGCCAUGUUCCCGUCCAAUGAUGACCACCACUCCUCGGCUCAUGUUGAGGCCCGUGACUCCUCUGAAGCAGGUGACGCAGCAUGCGGAGACUUCCAUCUGCACAGUGUAUGUAGCGACGGCAAAUUUAAACCCAGUGAGGUGAUUGCCAAGGCAGCGGCCAAUGGAGUCACCUUCAUGUCCCUCACGGAUCAUGACACGAUGGCUGGAGUGAGUGAAGCUAUUGCCGCUGCCCAGAAGCAUGGAGUACUGGUGUUUCCCGGCGUUGAGAUCAGCGCUGAAGUGAAAGGUGGCGAGAAUUUACACAUUCUGGGAUACUUCUACCCAGGGUCGAACAGUGCUGAGCUAGAACAGCAGCUACUGAAGAUCCGUACGGGCAGACACAAGCGCGGCAAGGGGAUGCUCAAGAAACUGGAAGCGAUGGGCAUCAAACUCAAGUGGGAACGCGUGCUGGAGAUUGCUGGAGAAGCUGCACCUGGUCGGCCUCACGUUGCCGAAGCGCUUGUGGAAUCAGGUCACGUUGCGAAUUUCCGCCAGGCAUUUGCGCGAUACCUCCAUAACGAUGGUCCUGCUUACGUUGAGGGCGAGCAUUUUCCACCUGAAGAAGCCAUUAAGCUUAUUGCGAGCGCCGGUGGAGUCUCUGUUCUUGCACAUCCGUGGUGCUGUAAGGACCCGAUAGCACUAGUUCCCGAGCUGGCUAAGAUGGGUAUUCAGGGCAUCGAAGUGUAUCAUGACUCGAAUAAAAUUGACAUGUAUGGUGCUUUGGCGAAGGAAUCCGGCUUGCUAAGAAUGGGUGGUUCGGAUUUCCACGGUAUUGACCCCACGACGGAGCGUGCUCCUGGUGCUAUCCCCUUCCCGCGUGUGCACGUCGAUCGCUUCCUGGUCCACGCGCUAGAUGUGUGGGAGCGACCGCUUGUGGAGCGACUGCGAUCCAUGGCAGAAGCACUUAAGUCGGCAGGCCCCGAGGCCUCGACAUCAGAGGAAUUGCUUAUCUGGAAAGAGCAGGAGCCGCUAGUGCACCGAACGUUGGCUGAGCUUGGCAUGGGUAUUGAAAUAGUGAAGAAAGAAGAUUCGCAUGACGGUAGCUCCGAUAAUACCAAGGCCAACGUCACCGACGGCCAUUACCGUACGAUUCGAGUUACCACUCUUAGUCGGUGAGGCAUUUUAGAGCAUUUAGAGCUUCAAUACAUAACCGUAUUCGUUCCUUUGACGAAUAAUUGCGGCCAAGAGAACUACGG